AUGGGUCUCGCCGACGAAUUUCGCUCAGGAAACUUCUCCCUCUACGGCCAAUGGCAAGUGCGGUCUUAUCUCCAUUAUCUGAUCAUGGCCUUCCUUCUCGUCUUCAUUGAGAUCCCUCUCUGCUUGAAGUGCUGCCCCACCAGUGCCAAGUUUGACAACGCCUUGCAGCAGUUCCAGAACUCUUACUUCCGCGCUAUCGCCUAUGUUGUGUUCGCCGUUGUUAUGUGGCUUGCCGUUGGCCUUGGUGACAGGACUCUCCAGGUUGUCUCUGCGUUGGCUUUGUCGUUCGGAGCCGUUUCGUACGUCAUCGCAGCUGCUCGUCACCAAACCCCCGCCUCCAGCACCAUCACCGGAGGAACUGGUGUCUCAACAAUCGUGUAA